CGCCGCAAGACCAAGGACGCGGACGAUGACCACUCGAGUGGUGGCGACCACCGCAAGCUCAAGAACCGCGAGGCCGCUGCGCUCUCACGCCGCCGCAACAAGGACCGCAUGGAGCAGCUGCAGCGGCGCGUCUUCGACAUGGAGUCGAUGAACACGCGCCUCAAGGCGCUUGUCGACGAACUCCAGUGGAAGAUGGUGUCGCACGGCUUCGAGCGCGAAGUCCACGAGUGCCACGCCCAAGCUGGCAUCGUUGUCAAUGGAAACCACAUUGCCAUGCAGUCGCCGCGGAGGAAACCCAAGGCCGCGAAGCCCACUGUGGCGAAGGAGCCGCAGGCGACUCCAAAGGCCGCGUUCCCGUCGCCGCACACGGCGCCGAUCCGCCCACAGUUCUCGGAGCAGCGGCUCUUUCCGCCGCCAAACGCAGCCGCACAUUCGUCCCGCGCGCCGCCGUACAUGUACCCACCAUUGGUGCCACCGCCGCGCGAGUACACGCCCCGCCAGGAAGUGCAGCUCGAAAGCCACGUCUCGGCACUGCUCGGGCUGCAGUUUAGCCAGCCCGCGGCCAAGCCUGAGCCGCCUCCGCCGUCCUCGUACCCGCCGUUUCCCUCCCAGAACUGA